GAGUCACAGUGCUGACCUCAAAAGACACAGCCUGACAAGAAUCAGCAAUAAAACCCAAGUUAUAGACGAUCUCUGUUCCACUGGGAAAGUGGCAAAAAUCCAUUUGUGUGAGGAGGAUUUACUGAGAGGCCGAGCAGAGGUUGAGCCUUCAUUUCUCGAGGCGGAGAUGGCGUCCGACUCCGGUGAAGCAGCUUCGUCCAGCGCAGAGCUCAAGCUGCAGUUCGCUCCUUUCAGCAGCGCUCUGGAGGCCGGCUUCUGGCACCAGCUCACUCAGAAGAAGCUCAACGACUACAGACUGGACGAGAGUCCAAAAUGUAUCAAAGGAUACUACUACAACGGUGAUCCUGUUGGCUUGCCCACCCGCUUAACUCUGGAGUUCAGUGCGUUUGAUAUUGACGGUCCGACUCCGGCUCGCUGCUGUCCGGCUGUGGGAACGCUGUACAACACCAACACUCUCGACGCCUUCAAGACCACCGAUAAGAAGGCAUUGCUGGAGAAAGAAGCCAGAGAGAUCUGGGAUGCGAUCCAGUCCGGUGCAGCAUUAAAGGACCCGUCUAUCCUCUGCAGAUUCAUCCUUCUGACCUUUGCAGAUUUGAAGAAGUAUCACUUCUACUACUGGUUCUGUUUCCCAGCACUUUGUUUCCCGGAGGGGAUAAAGAUCGUCCAGCGGCCCGCCGUUUUAGAACAAGUGUUUUCAGCAAAGCAGAUCGCGGCCCUGCAGGAAGCCUAUGAUGGGCUGUGUGUCCAGAAAGGCAUCACCGCGGUUCCUUACUUCUUAAUGAAGUACUCGGCCGACGCUGUUCAGCUGGCUCCGCUCGGCGACUGGGAGACUUUUUACACGGACAUGAAGAAGGUCACUGUGGGCGUUUACGAUCCGUGCACUCUGUCGCAACAUCCCGGCUGGCCUCUGAGGAAUCUGCUGGUCCUCCUAGCUAACCAAUGGGGCUCUAAGGUGGACACAGUGGAGGUGCUGUGUUUCAGGGACCGGACGAUGCAGGGGAGCCGCUCCAUCCAGCACAGUGUCACCUUCCAGGUCAAACUGCCUGAACUCCCCAACAGCUCAGUGUGUCCGAAGAGUGUUGGCUGGGAGAAAAACCCGAAGGGAGUGAUGGGGCCCAGGAUGGUGAACCUCAGUGAAUGCAUGGAUCCCAAAAGGCUCGCGGAGUCGUCAGUGGACCUGAACCUGAAGCUGAUGAGGUGGCGGCUCGUUCCCACUCUGGAUUUAGACAAAGUGGUCAACACCAAGUGUCUCCUCCUCGGAGCGGGGACGCUCGGAUGCAACGUGGCCAGAACUCUCAUGGGCUGGGGCGUGAGGCACAUCUCAUUUGUAGACAAUGCAAAGAUCUCGUACUCCAAUCCGGUCCGACAGCCGCUCUACGAGUUCGAGGACUGCCUCGGAGGAGGGAAGUCUAAAGCCAUGGCGGCUGUGGAGCGACUCACGAAGAUCUUUCCUGGUGUGAAUGCGGAGGGCUACAACAUGAGCAUUCCCAUGCCGGGCCAUCCGGUGAAUUUCUCCCAGGCCACUCUGUCCCAGGCCCAGAGGGAUGUGGAGCAGCUGGAGAAGCUCAUCUCAGAGCACGAUGUGGUGUUUUUACUGAUGGACACCAGGGAAAGCCGCUGGCUGCCGACAGUGAUCGCUGCCAGCAAGAGGAAGCUGGUGGUGAACGCUGCUCUGGGCUUUGACACGUUUGUCGUGAUGCGUCACGGCCUGAAGAAGCCUGCCGCCAGUCAGAGCGUCUCCACGGCGGCGGACUCCUCCCCGUCCUGCUCCUCCGCCUCGUCCUCGUCCUCCACGCCGGCCGGCUCCGCGCCCAGUGUCCCGGUGUCGUCUCUCUUCUCCAACAUCCCCGGACACAAGCUGGGCUGCUACUUCUGCAACGAUGUGGUGGCGCCAGGAGACUCCACCAGAGACCGGACCCUGGACCAGCAGUGCACCGUCAGCAGGCCGGGCCUCGCCAUGAUCGCCGGAGCCCUGGCCGUGGAGAUGAUGGUGUCCAUCCUGCAGCACAGCGAAGGAGGCUACGCGGUGGCCAGCAGCAGCGACGACAGGAUGAACGAACCCCCCACCUCUCUGGGUCUUGUGCCACAUCAGAUCCGAGGCUUUCUCUCCAGGUUCGACAACGUCCUACCCGCCAGCCUGGCCUUUGACAAAUGCACCGCCUGCUCUCCCAUCGUCCUGGAUCACUACGAGAGGGAAGGCUUUAACUUUCUCUCCAAGGUUUUCAAUUCCUCCCACUCCUUCCUGGAGGACCUGACAGGCCUGACUCUGUUGCAUCAGGAAACACAAGCUGCAGAGAUUUGGGACAUGAGUGACGAUGAGAGCAUCUGACGGGACUGGAGGAAGGCAGAGAUGGAGGAAGAUGAAGGACCCCACACUCCCGUCUAUAUUCUAUCUUUAUGGGUUUUUUUUUUUUUUCUCAUGGUAACCCAACAGCAAAAAACAACAAACCAACAUCUUUAAAUGUAGCUGAAAGCUUUCACAGUUUCUCUCGUGGUUGUCCUGAUUACACAGAAAACUCAGCCUUCAAAUAACUCCUUGAAAUAAUUCGGACGUCUUAAAUAUUCAGUGAAUGUUUGUCACUUUUACACAAGAAAAUACAGUGAAGCUCGGACAGAUUGCUUCUUUUCUAAUGUGUCGAAGUGUUGGAUUAACAGGAAUGUACUUCUUGAUGUGGGGGGGUGUGUGUGUGUGGGGGGGGGGGGGGGUUGUUGAUAUUUGUGUGUUUGAAUGAUUUUCUCUGCAUGGUAUUAAUUUUCACAGUUAAUGUGUUUACUCAGGAGUCUUUUGGCAGAACUGUUGCAGCAUCUGCUCACUCAUUCAGCGAAAAGUUCAAAAAUAGCAAACACAUCCGCCGUCUGGAGACACGUACAGUACCGCUGAUGUUAGAACCUGCACACACACACACACACACACACACACACACACACACACACACACACAUUUGUGCAGAUGAUUUAAGAAGCAGUGCGACUCUUGUGGCGCACAGGUUUGUGCAUUUUACUGUCUUUUCUAACUCUUGUCUGUGUUUUCAGUGCACCCACGUGUAUUUCUGCUCGGAUAUUUGUAAGAGUGUGAUGAGAUAAAGUUUACGGAGAGGGGAUGAUGUGUCUGUUCAGAUAAUUCCUAUCGGUCUUUACAUAAUCAUGGAACUGGAAUAAAGGUUGUCUCUCUUUAUUUCU